AUGUUGCUCGCAAAUGGCCUGUUUCAAGACAAGUACAUGCAGUUGAAUCAGGGUCGAUUUCUUGCAAACGGCGGUUGUGGAUACGUUCUGAAACCGGAGUUUAUGCUACAGGAAAACUAUGACCCAUCUAAGCCGCAGGCCCUCGCCAACCCAAAUCCAGUCAUACUAACAAUAGAGAUCAUUGCUGGCCGGCAUCUGUCCAGGAAAGAAAAAGGCAAAGGAAUCGCUAGUCCCGUUGUGGACAUUGAAGUCAUCGGUCUUCCUUGCGAUACCAGGGCGUAUCGUACUGCAACUGUCUGUAAGUAA